AGUGUCAAUUUGAACAAAUGUAAACAAAACAAAUUAUUGCAGCAAAAUUUCAAUUUUUGUCAAAAAAAACCUAUGAUUUACAAAUGAACUACAAUAGUACACAAUCUAAAUCGAAACUACAAUCCUCAAGGUUCCAUUUUCAAGUGUCGUCCCAUUCAAUCAGCCCCGUUAAAAUUCACUGACGUGGCCCCUACAUAAACUAACCUUAAAAUUAAACUUUGGGGCCUAAAUAUGGAACGGAAAAAGCAAAAAUACCGUUCCGACACGGCCCUGCUACUAGAAAACGGUCAGGCGAGCUCCACUUUACAUUUAAAAAGUGACAUCAAAGGGGAUGGCUGGAAUAUUUUGCUGUUGCUUUUCCUGUACACUCUACAAGGGAUUCCUUUGGGUUUGAGCUCGGCUAUUCCGAUGAUUUUACAAAAUCGAGGCGUCAGCUAUAAGCAACAGGCAGAAUUUAGUUUCGUUACUUGGCCCUUUAGCUUGAAACUGCUAUGGGCCCCAUUAGUGGACUGUAUCUAUUCUACACAAAUGGGACGCCGGAAAACUUGGCUAAUACCCACACAAUACCUCAUAGGGAUUUUUAUGUUAAUUCUCUCUGGGCAUGUUGAAUUGUGGCUAGGCGACGCUAAUAUGUCUCCAAAUAUUGGAAUAUUGACUCUGUUGUUUUUUUCUUUGAAUUUUUUGGCAGCUACUCAAGACAUUGCAGUGGAUGGUUGGGCUUUGACAAUGUUGAAAAAAUGCAAUGUAGGCCAUGCUUCAACUUGCAACAGUGUCGGGCAAUCUGCUGGUUUUUUUUUGAGCUAUGUGGUUUUUAUGGCUUUGGAAUCUCCAAGUUUUUGCAAUAGUUAUUUGCGAAGCGUGCCCCAAGAUGUGGGCAUAGUCACCUUGCCAAGCUUUCUGUUCUUUUGGGGGGUUGUUUUUGUUAUUAGUACUACUGUUGUGGGUUUGGUUAAGAAGGAGAUUGAGCCUCACGAUCCAGAACACGAAGUUGUAAUAGAAAGAGAUAUUAAGACAGCUUAUGGGUCUUUGAAGAGCAUUUUGAAGCUGCCUGCAAUACAAAGUUUGGUUUUGGUGUUGUUGACUUGCAAAGUUGGUUUCUCUUCGACAGAUAGUGUUAUGUCCCUGAAACUGGUUGAAGCAGGCAUCCCCAAAGAAAAACUCGGCCUAAUGGCAAUCCCCCUAAUUCCAGUACAACUAAUUCUGCCAAUAGUUAUUGCCAAAUACACUACAGGCCCUAAACCAUUAGACGCUUUUGUCAAGGCAAUUCCUUACCGAUUAGUUUUCGGAAUUAUAGCUGCAUGUUUAGUCUGGAUCACUCCAUUACUUGUGCCUGAUGCUUCAAAUGGCUUACCAAUAUCCUACGUUGUAUUGCUUAUUAGCUGUUAUGCCUUACAUCAGGUUUGUGUAUAUACAAUGUUUGUAUCGAUAAUGGCAUUUUUUGCAAAAAUAAGCGACUCUUCAGUUGGAGGUACCUACAUGACUUUACUCAAUACUGUAACAAAUUUGGGCGGCAAUUGGCCCUCUAUAUUGGCCCUUUAUUUUGUGGACCCUCUAACUUGGAAAGAGUGCCAGGGAGGCGAAAAUAAUUUAGGAAAUUCUUGUGACAAUACAACAGAAAAAGAAAUUUGUAUUAAAAAUGGUGGAAAAUGUGUGACACAACUAGAUGGGUAUUAUGUUGAGACUGUUAUUUGUACGGUUGUAGGAUUUUUGUGGCUGUUGUGGGGUGCUAAGAGGAUAAAGCACAUUCAAAGCUUAGGCGAAAAAGCUUGGAAGUUGACCAGGUCCAAAAGGGCGAGAUAACGUUUGUGCGAUUUCGAAUAGGUAGUAAAUUAUUGUAAAAAGAAUUUUUGAAAUAAUUAUGUAUAAAGUAUUAUUGAAAUUUUUGUACUGAUUCAUUCCAUAGGACUUUUAAUUAAAGUUUGUUUUAAAUUAAUAAUAAUUUAUUGUGAUAUUGCACGAGGUGUUUGUUUAUACGUUGUUAUAUUUUUUGAAAUAUAGGUAGUUUUUCAUUGUGGGAACA